AUGUCAACACCGGAGGAUAACGAUACCAAUAGAGCCGAAAGCAAUGAAACCUCCAACCCAGGACCAAGCACUGAGCCCCCCAUCUCCGGCAUACGCGCGUCCACACAGCACCAUGCAGACAAUACAGGUCGCGCAGAUCCUACACGGCGGACAGAGAUCUACACUGGUAACCCCAACCCCAGCCACGCGAGUCGUCUUACAGACGAGGAGCAGCAGAGGCUAGAUGCACUUGCGGCAGACUCCAACGGCGGAGCGAUCUUUGUUACAUAUGAUCUGGUGCACAGAAUAGAUACGCUCAUGGCGGAUGGGACCCGUCGUACGGAUGAGGCUUUGAUGCAGUAUUUGUUUCAAGAUGAUACCUGGGAGGCUGUUGAUCCUGGUAAUAUCAAUGAUACGGGAACACGGGGGCCAGAUAUGAACGGGAAUGGCAAUGGGAGGCAAGACGAGUGCGAAUUCAAAUUGCCGAAUGGGACGGAGGGGAGCCAUGAAGAGGAAUUGAGGCAACAGAGGGGUGGUUAA